AUGGAGGUGAAACAACUCAUGGCUAUCGCUUCUACAACGUUGUUUGUGGUUGCACUCAUCGUCAACAUCACGUUUAUCUACAUUGUUUAUAAUAACGGAAGAAAGAGUAUUGGCACGUAUAAAUACUUGCUAGCAUCUUUUUCACUCUGCAAUAUUCUUUACUCUUCCUUUGAAUAUGCAAGCAAACCGGCGGUCCAUAUCUAUGGUACUUCUUGCAUAAUUUACAACAAUGGUUUAUAUGAAGAUUCACCAAAAUGGGGAACGGUGAUGCUAUGCUGCUUCUAUUCGAUGUAUGGUAUGGGAACUGCCCUCUUAGCUUUACAUUUCCUUUAUCGCUAUUUUAUAGUAUGCAGACCUGAAAGAAGUACGUAUUUUGAACUGCCCUGCAUUGCGCUCUGGAUAAUUCCAAUGCUGCUUUGGGGUCUACUUUAUGCAUUCUUGGCUUAUUACAGUUCUGGUCCCACUGAAGAGAUUUAUAACUAUGCGGAAGAAUCAGUUCGUAACACUCUUCAUCGCGAACUAAGAAAAAUGGCAUUCUUUUGUAUGUUCACUCAUAAAGUCGAAGACGGAGAGGUGACUAUCUAUUGGAGAGCCUCAGUAGGGUUGGCAUUAUCAACAGUGAUGCUGAUCUUUACUUUCGGUCUUAUGGUGAUAUGCGGGAUGAAAAUAAUGAGGACCUUAAGAGAAAUGGUCAUGAGCAAAAAGGCAGUUGCACUUCAGAAGCAGCUACUUGCUGCCUUAAUUGUUCAGGUGCUGAAUAAAGUCUAUUAG